AUGGCGACCCUGUGUAAAGGUACCGCAGAAAGUCGCUACUUCGCGUACCCCGCCCGGCUGCCCGAGGCGGAAGGGGGAACGCGGGGCGCCUUCCCGGAGGCGGGGUCCGCGGUGGGACUGAGCCCGCGCGAGGCUGCAGGGGAGUGCGCGGGCGUGGCCCGCACGCCCUGCCCCGUGCUCGGAGGCGGGGCUCUGGAGCGCUGCUCCGCCUCCUGCCCCGCAGCGCCCCCUAUGUGCUCCGCCCCCUGCCCCUGCCCCUCCCCUCCCGUUCAGCGAUCCCUGCGGGAUUUUGGCUAUGAGGGCAGCACCAGCUGGAAGGCGGCCUUGGAGGACACCACCACACGUCUCCUGCUGGGGGCCAUCGCAGUCCUUCUGUUCGCUAUCCUGGUGGUGAUGAGCAUCUUGGUGACGGACCCCCUUUCAGUGUCUGAGUUUAUGUUCAAGUUCACGCGGAGGGAGCCCUGGAUUGGCCUGCGCAGAGUGGGGGACGAAUUCCACUGGGUCAACGGGGACCCGUUUGACCCGGACACAUUCCCGAUCUCGGGCCUGGGAGAGUGCGUCUUCGUGGAGCCCACCAGGCUGGUGUCGACGGAGUGUCUUAUGACCCGGCCCUGGGUGUGCAGCAAGAUGGCCUACACAUGA